AUGGAUCACCAGGACAGCUCGCCACCUAGAUUCAGAAACUCCGGCUCUAACAGAACCACCACAUAUAACGGCAGCACCCUGCCUACGAUGCCCAAGAGCGCUACACCAACAUCAAGCUCAACAACAGUUACCACCCAUUUGCAAAACAUCAAGGAAGAGGAGGUUAGUGAUGACGAACUUACUCAAGUAGAUCGGUCAUCACCUCGUGUCUUAGGAAGAAUUUCGUCUUCGUCUUCGUCUUCAUCCAACAUUUAUUUGCGCGACAACCUGGAUAUGCUACACGAUAUGGGCAAAUCAACCACUCAUCUCUCCUUAUCCACGCCCAAUCUGCAUGAGGAAAUUGGCAUUCUCAGCGAUAAAGGUAAUAGUAAAGAAGAAUUGGCUUUGUUGCCACCUUUACCCCACACGGGUGAGUUGGAAAUUACUCCACAAUUUGAUAUUAAUGAGGCUAUUUUUGACCAGGAUGACAUUAGUCACUCAUCAAGGCUAGAAGUGGAGGACGUGUUAGCGAAUAUGACGAAUUCCAGUGAAGAUGUCACCAAAGAAGCUCAGGAUUUUGCUAUGAAAGAUCGUGAUCAGGACAUGUCGACAAAAGACAAUUCCGAUUUGAGCGAUGCCAUUCUUGACAACCAAACAUCCUUCGAUCUCUCUAAAGCUCUGGAGAUGACUAGCCACUCAAACAUUUCCAACAUCAUUCACAAUUCUGGUUCUGAAGGGAGAACUUCAAGAACUCCAGUGAGCACUGUCACUUUGAAACCAUAUGUUUCGUCUCUUGCCAGUGGGGAACGUGAAGAAAACACGACUCCAUCUUCCUCCACGUCCGAUCACGCGGCCACCAUACAGUAUGAUCCUGAUAAAAUCCUAAAUCUCGCCCCGGUUUCGCCUUCCUCUCUUUACGAGCAACAACAGAGCAGUAGAUCAUCGAGAGAAAGAAGUAAAUCGAAUUCUAGCACGCUGGCAUCUACGCUGAGAGACACGAUCAUUUCAGGAAUGCCUCAAAGUAGCAAAGCUGUAGAAAGAAAAUUGUCGAGAAAGAGUAAUCGGAGUGGGAAAAAUACAGCGACCUUUGGAGAGCGUCUUCAAAAAUUGCCACCUUUGCACACCCAAAAUUCUAGCCAAUAUGUCAUGGCGAUAUCUGUUGAAAAUGGUAUUGGUGCGCAAAUCCGCAACAUAUCUACGCCAACUUCAAGUACUCAAACUCCAGUUGCAUCUCAAUCCGAAUCUGCACUGAGGAGUGAAGAGAAGAAAAUGCCUUUUUUGAGGAGGGCCUCUAGUGCCCUCUUAAGAAAGACGUCUGUCAAGAACAGCACUAGUCUAACCAGAACGCAUACACCCUUAUCGACACCUCAAACGUUUGAGUCGAUCUCAAAAAAUUCUCAGCAUGAUCCUUUGCUAAUUCGACGAUCUUUGGAUACUGAAAAUAAACUCCCAAGAAGGCAGCUUUCAUGUUCUAAGUCCUAUUCGCGUCUGGAUUCCGACUCUAUGGUUGCAAACAAUUAUCGACCUUCCAAAAAGGUCUUACGGACCACUUCGAAUGAUGUCGAACAAGUCUAUAGAAAGACAUCCUUGGGGUCUAAGAUCAAAAGAGGUUUCACUAGAAUACUGAGCGACAGUAAUAGCGGGAGGGAAGCUAUCGAUCAGUCGCCAAAAAUAAAAGCUGUCGCGGGACCUGCGGCAUCGCCUUUAACCUCUUUAUCCACUGUGAAAAGUCAUCCGAUAACAGCAAGUCCUAAAGAAGAUAACCGGGUCUCGAUAGAUGACGUGGGUACAGUUGACCUAAGGUCAACGUCCUUUUCACAGCCAUCGAGUUGUGUCAUUUCCCCAUCACAUGAAGAGAUACAGAGUAAAAUUCCGAAAAGGUCGGCAAGUAGAAAAGCACUGUGUAGAAGUUCAAGCAAGAAAAACAUACUGUCUGAACAGCAAACAAAGGGAAGUGAAAUUUAUUUGGAUAAAGAAGCCUUAAAAGAUUUUGUUCCAGUGCUUUCCAUCACUGAAGACACCCAUCGCAUCAACCGUUCGUCUUUACAAACGCAAUCCACUAUCGGGUUAUGCAUCGAUAAUCUAAGAAAUAAAGAAGGCCUGAAACUCGAUACCAAGGAAUACGUGGAAAUCCUGACUCAACAACAACGCAGGGAAGAUGAAAGAUACGCCAUUUUGGAAAUGAAAUUUGCAUCUUGUGCAUGGUGCAGUGAUAAGGACCUGCAGUACUUGAAAAGAAAAAGAAUCUCGAUGAACAAGAUAUGGUCUGACUAUGUCCGCAUUUACCGUGAAAAGUUGAACAGCCUGUAA